AUGGCUGAUCGCCUCAGCCCUCGAAGUUCAGAAGUAAACGCCUUGGAACAACGAGGCUAUCUCAUCGGCAAGAAAAUCGGACAAGGCUCGUACGCCACGGUUCACUUGGCGGAGUACUGCGAUGGCUCCAGCCCGAAGCGGAUGCACCUCGCUUGUAAAAUAUUCGACAAAGAGAAAGCGCCGCGUGAUUUUUUAGAAAAGUUUUUCCCUCGUGAGCUAGAAAUUUUAACUAAAAUCGAAAACCCACAUAUUAUUCAGGUACACAGUAUCCUGCAGAGAGGACCUAGAGUAUUUAUAUUUAUGAGAUAUGCUGAUAACGGUGAUCUAUUGGAUUUCAUAAAAAGAAACGGAGUCGUGCCAGAAAACCAGGCUAAGCUAUGGUUCAGACAGAUGGCAAGCGGCUUGCAAUACCUUCAUAGUAAGAACAUCGCUCAUCGUGACCUUAAAUGCGAAAACAUAUUGUUAUCACGACGUUUUAAUGUCAAGCUAGCGGAUUUCGGAUUCGCCAGAUUUUGUACCGAUGGCGAAAAUCGUCGAGUCCUCAGCCAAACGUAUUGUGGUUCAGCAGCAUAUGCUGCACCGGAAGUCGUUAGUGGGACCCCAUACAAUCCUAAAUUAGCUGAUGUUUGGUCUCUCGGGAUUAUAUUAUUUAUAAUGCUGAAUGGCUCUAUGCCUUUUGAUGACACGAACCUGCGUAAACUUUUGAAAGAUCAAAUGUCACGUAAUUGGGUUUUUAGAUCUAGGAUCCGAGAUUCAGUAUCGCCAGCAGCCAAGUCGAUCGUUCGUCAUAUCCUCGAACCCGAUAUUACAUUGCGAUUGACACUUGACCGUGUACUCUCCCAUGAAUGGACAAGACCUAGGAAAGAUAAAAGUGCGAGCUUGAUGGGGCGACUAGUACAGUCUGCUCCAUCAGCGCCACAUUCGCCCGGCAAGCGUGAUCACGAUGAGGCAGGCACUUCAGCCGGUGUGCGAGUCUCCGGUGACCAUCGGGAGACAGAGAGAGAGCGCCAUGACGACAUCAACAUGCGCUCUCGCGAUUAA